AUGCGCCUGCUCCUCCUGCUCCUCCUGCUCCUCCUGCUCCUCCUGCUCCUCCUGCUCCUCCUGCUCGAGCCGUCGGCCUGGGGGAAGUUGGUGCAUGCUCAAGCAAGGCUGCAGCAGCAGCGGGAGGAGGUUGAAGGAGAGAUUCAACGGCAACAGCUGCAGCUGCAGAGCAGCGGGUUCGACAGGGAGCAGUGGAUGGAAAAACUAAGGAUGCAUCGAGAACAGCUGCAGCAGAUGAUGGGAAAGAGACCAUUGGAUCAAGGUUCUCAAGUUCACCUCGACCAGGAACCAAGAGAUCAGCUAGGGCAGUACAAGAACCGUCGCCCUCGUCAUAAACGUCGUCAACAGGGGCAGGGGCAGCAGGGGCAGGGGCAGGGGCAGGGGCAGGGGCAGCACUUUCCCGCUCGUCGCUUCCAGCAGCAGCAGGGCGGAGUGGAGGGGGCGGGUAACGGGAGGAAGCAGAACGGGAAGAAGAGACGGGUGGGCGAUCUACAUGGAGCUGAGCAGCAGCAGAAGUUCGUGCGAGGAUCCCCCAAGAAACUCCAAGGGAGUCCGGGCGGAGUCGGGCUAGACGAGGAGGACAAGGCAGGAGCUUCCAAGUUGCAGGGACGGGAACUGAACCCACUGGAGGGAGGGAAGGAGAAAGCGGAGGAUGAGGAAAGACAGGACAGGGACAGGGUGCAAGAGGGAAGGAGCCGCAGGAGGAUGUGCAGAAGCAGAGAGAGCUAG